GCACAUGAGCUUGAAAUUGGGGUGGAUGGUGGUUCCAGGGAAAUAUGGCAGCGUAGCCGGGCAUCCAUCAGGAGCAAGCCUGAUAUGCAUACGAGAUUGAUGAAAAAUUAUGCUGAUAUCCCCCAGUGGUGGUUCUAUGCACUCAUGACUGCCACCGUCGCGAUUUCUCUGUUCCUUUGCAUCGUACUUAAGCAUGAAGUUCAGCUUCCAUGGUGGGGACUUCUCUUUGCCUGUGCCCUCGCCUUCCUGUUCACACUACCCAUUAGCAUCAUAACAGCCACUACCAACCAGACACCAGGAUUGAACAUAAUAACAGAGUACAUAAUGGGUUAUAUCCUACCAGGAAAGCCCAUUGCCAAUGUGUGCUUCAAAGUGUAUGGAUACAUGAGCAUGAGCCAGGCUGUCUCCUUCCUUGCUGACUUCAAGCUCGGCCACUACAUGAAAAUCCCUCCUCGAUCCAUGUUCUUGGUUCAGUUCAUUGGCACUGUGAUCGCGGGCACAAUCAACCUUGGAGUGGCAUGGUGGCUGCUAGAGUCAAUUGAGAACAUAUGCAACAAGGCAGCUCUCCCUAAAGGAAGCCCAUGGACCUGCCCUGGUGACCGUGUAUUCUUUGAUGCCUCUGUAAUUUGGGGACUAGUUGGUCCAAAGCGAAUCUUCGGUCCCUUGGGAGCUUACCCAGCACUAAACUGGUUCUUUCUCGGUGGUGUUCUCGGUCCAGUUCUUGUUUGGCUCCUUCACAAAGCUUUCCCUAGCCAAACAUGGAUACCUCUAAUAAAUCUUCCUGUUCUUCUUGGAGCUACUAAUUAUAUGCCACCUGCAACUGCCUUAAACUACAAUGCUUGGGUGGCAGUUGGGACUGUAUUCAAUUUCUUCGUUUUCAGGUAUCGGAAAAGCUGGUGGCAAAGGUAUAACUAUGUGUUAUCGGCUGGAUUGGAUGCCGGGGUGGCGUUUAUGGGGGUUUUGCUCUACUUCUUAUUAAGCAUGGAGAAUAACAGCUUCAAUUGGUGGGGUACUGAUGGGGAGCAUUGUGAUUUCGCCGUUUGCCCUACGGCAAAGGGUGUCAUAGCCAAAGGCUGCCCUGUACUCUGAUGUUCCUUCUUUCUCCUCUCUUUAUUUCACAGUGAGCCCUCUCUCUUUAUAGGAUCAGGGAUGGGUUCUGAAUAUAUGUAGUUGAAAAAAUUGAUUCCAGGGGAAUAGUUUCCUUUGGUAGUUUCCCGUAUUUGCUUUUGAGUGGUUAUUGUAGGAAAGGCGAUGGUGAUGGUUGGUGUAAAGAGAGCCGGAAUGGUGGAAGUGGGGAGGUCAGUCACCCAUUCUUGGAAGCAUAAAAGCAAAGCAAAGCAAUUUAAACGAAGUUCAUCGUGUCGUCAUUGGACCUUUGGGAUCCUUCUGUUUUUUCACAUUUUUCUCCCCCCAAAAAAUAAAAAUAAAAAAAAAAGAAAAAGAAAGAAGAAGAAGGAAUCUCGAAUGUAUUUGCAUAUACUACGCAGAUGCCCAGCCAUUUGUUAAUGUACUUUUUAUCAAA